UCGGAGCGCUAGGCGGGGCGCAGGGUGCCGCGAGGUGCCAGCGCCCGCCGCGGCUCGCCCACCGGCCCGCAGUCGCGCCGCACUCGCCGCCGCCGACGCCGGCGUUCACUCAAACUUCAAAAUACACAAAGUAAUUACGAUCCUCAAAUUCACCUGUAACCAAGGUGCAUGCCCUAAAUGAUUGUGGGUAAUUAAGCCGAUCAGCGGCCACCCAAAUAAUUGCCGUGAAGGAAGCGCAGCCGCGACGGGCGCCCCGUCAAUUAGCGGCACCUGGCCCGCACGCGUACGUUAAUUCGCAGUCGCGAUAAACUGCACCCGCAAAAAAGUCCGAAAUAAACUGGAACCGAUGCACCUGCAGCAAUCUGCCCAGUCGCGGUCUUAAGCCCGGGUGCUUCGCCCCGAGUCUCCGACAUGAUCAUGCUAUUCAAAGGCAACAGCAGUAGGCUGGAGCACCUCAUUGAGAAGAUUCAGGCCAACAAGGAGAACCACGACGUGACGUCAGAGGAUUUAAAAGAGGCGCUGGGCAGCGUGGGCAGCACGGCGGGCAGCUCGUGGCCGUCGUCGACGCCGGAGCCCUCGCCGUCGCCGACGACGGACGCCGCCGAGCCCGGCGACGCCGACGCCGACGCCGAGCCGCCCUUCACGCUCGGCGCCACCGAGCAUACGCCCUACCAGUGCCAGUUCUGCGACAAGGCCUUCCCGAGGCUGUCCUAUCUUAAGAAACAUGAACAGACCCAUUCGGAUCAGAUGCCGUUCCGCUGCGAGUUCUGCUCGCGGCACUUCAAGCACAAGAGGUCCCGCGACCGCCACGUGAAGCUGCACACCGGCGACCGCAAGUACCGCUGUCCGCACUGCGAGUCCGCCUUCUCCAGGAGCGAUCACCUAAAGAUCCACAUGAAGACGCACGACAUUCAGAAGCCAUUCCAAUGCACCGUGUGCAACCGCGGCUACAACACCGCGGCGGCGCUCACGUCGCACAUGCAGGGGCACAAGCGCGACCGCGAGGGCCGGGAGACCGAACGGCGGCGCGCACUGCGUUGCCCGCGGUGCGGAGACGCUUUCCGCAGGACUGACCUCUUACAGGCUCACAUGACCAGCGCCCACGGUGUUGACGCAGCGGCGCUCACUCCCCCGCGACGCGUCGCCUCGCAGCCGCCACCCACGCUCCUUGCCUGCAUCUACUGCACACGAGACACCUUCACGAGCAUGGAGCAGUUGCAAUUACACGUCCGAGCCGCUCAUUCAGCAUUACUUAAUGGCGAAACCCCUUCAGAUCAGGUCAUCGAGCAACCCGCACCUACGGAUCUAAGCAGGAGAGCUGAAGAACCGUCGGUCAAGCGUCGGCGCUCGGACUCUGCGACGCCCCAACUGGCCUUGUCGCCUGGAACUCUUCUCUGCAAUCAAUGCGACGCGGCUCUCCCUGACUUUGAAGCAUUUCGCGCACAUUUGAAAGGUCACCUCGAAGAGGGUGGGGAGUUGAAUCGAUCUAGCCCAACGCCGUGCCCUCACUGCGGGGCCUCUUUCGCAGAUGCGGCGGCUUCGGAGCGCCAUCUCGCCGCACACUAUCUGGCGGUGUCCUGCGAAUACACGUGCCACAGCUGCGCGCGUAGUUUUCCUACGCCGGACGAUUUGCAAAAGCAUCUACUGGAUCUGCACGCUCAUCACCUUUACCGCUGUUCUCUUUGCAAGGAAAUUUUUGACUCGAAAGUAGCCAUUCAGGUACACUUUGCCGUAGCGCACAGCGGCGAGAGCAAGGUAUGGGUGUGCCGGUCAUGCGGCGGCACGCCGCUACGCUCGGAGGCGGAGGGCGCGGCGCACGUGCGCGCGCGGCACAGCGCGGCGCGCUGCGCGUGCGGCGCCGUGCUGGCGGGCGCGCGCGCGCUGCGGGCGCACGCGCAGCUGCAUGCCUAUCGCUGCCCCGCGCCCGGCUGCGCCGAGUCCUUCGCCGUGCAAUACCUGCUCGAGAGGCAUAUGCAGGCGCACCACGCCGUCACACACCAGGGUUUGAACGGCGAUAGCACGCGACCAAAGCGAGUAGAAAACAACAACUCCGGCGACGGCGCGGACGGCGCUUGCUCGCCGUGCGCCGGGGGCGAGGCGGGCGGCGACGAGCGCCGCCGCAAGAACGGCGCCGUCGCGCUGCAGUGCGCCUACUGCGGCGAGCGCACGCGCUCCCGCGCCGAGCUGGAGGCGCACACGCGCGCGCACUCGGGCGCCGCCGCCGCCAGGCACAAGUGCCUCAUCUGCGACGAGAUCCUGCCCUCCGCUGCCGUGCUCGCCGAGCACAAACUCACGCAUUGCAAGGUGGUAGCCGGUGACAUGUGCGCUCGAUGCCGCGCGCGACUGCCGUCCGAGGAAUCUUUCCUGAGCCAUAUGGCGCGCCACCAUCCUGCGCUGCCCGCGCCCUGCGUCGUGUGCCGCCAGACGCUCGCUUCCGAGGCCGAGGCGCGCCUGCACGCGCGAUUCCACCUGCGCUGCUCGGGUGAUGAACAGCGCUGCGCUAUUUGUCUGCGCGCGCUGCCCGAGGGCGAGGCCGGCGCCGGAGCGCGCGCCUGCGCCGCAUGCUACGCGCGCCACGCCGCGCCGCGCGCUCCUCCGCCCGCCGACCACGACUGUCGCCUCUGCCGUCGUGCCCUCGGUUCGCCCACACGUCUGCAGGCGCACCUCAUUGAACACACGUUCGCGGGCAUCGGCGCAUUCACCUGCUACCUUUGCUCCGCCGUAUUCACGAGCGCGGCCGGCCUGCAGCGCCACCUACCCGAGCACGCGUCCGCGCCGCGUCCCUACGACUGCGCGCGCUGCGGCCUCAAGUUCUUCUUCCGCGCGGAGCUCGACAACCACUCGUUCGUGCAUCUCGAAGAGGCAGAAAUAGCGCAACGAGCGUUCUACGAGGCGUAUGCGCGCGGCGCGGCCUCGGCGUGGGCCGCGUUGGCCCCGCCGGAGCCGACGCCCGCCUCCGAGCCGGACGCGCCCGUCAAGCGCGAGCCCGAGAUAAAGGAGGAGAAGACGGACGAGUACAUAGAGGUGGGCUCGCCGCCGCCGCCGCCGCCGCCCUCGCCGCCGCCGGCCGAGCCCGUCGUGAAGCAGGAGAAGCCCGACGAAGACUGAAGGGUCCGUUGACCUAUUUCGUCCGUGACGCGGGCCCAUCCCCGCUGCAAUACUAGAUUACGUCCCGACUAGCUUAUGUUAGAUAGAUAGUUAUGUUAAAAUUAAUAUAAUAAUCGUUGAAAUUUUGCGUUUAGAACGCCGUAUUUUCAUUAAGUAAAAAAAUAUCAUCAUUAUGUUGAUUAAGUGAUGUAUGUUUUAUAAUGUUUACAUGGCUAUUUGUAAAAAUUGUUAAGUUAAUAAAUUAUCCUGUUAAGCUUCAUUUAUCUAAGCGAA